GGCAGGGUAGUUUAGGAAUACCCUACUCUUAUGGACACUGGACCCUUCAACGGUUCAACCCAAGAUGGCAAGAUCCGUAGGACUCAAAACCAGAAACUUGGAAAAGGCGCUAGAGUUUGUUGGGAGCUUGACCCACCAGUACCACUACUAGAAUCCAGAAAACCAGUCUAGUAAUCAACCCCUUUUAUUUGGCGGAUACCUCUGAGAUCUCCGCCGCUUCAAAUUCACAACUGGGCUUCGUUCCCCAUCCAUGGCAGAUAAGGGAGGUAACAUGGCGAUCAGCGAACAUCCUAAAGCCCCGAACCCCUUCUUCUCGCUCUUCCAGAAUCUGGUGAAGAACCUCCCGCUACCCAAGUUUGAGGCCAAGCAGAGAGUUGCGGAUAGAGGACAAGAAGGGCAAGGAGAAGGAGAAGGAGAAGUAAUAUCGAAGAAGGUUGAUGUGGUGAGAUUCUCGGAGAAACGUCCCAUUAUUCCUCCCCCGUUGAAGCUUGAGGCCGAAGAGUCCGAUAACAGCUCCAGCCCCACGGUGCUCUGGCAGGUUUAUGCUCUGGGAGGGUUCAUUAUUCUCAAGUGGGCAUGGGCCAGAUGGAAUGAGAGGAGGAACAAAAAAGGAGCAUCUGAUGAAGAACCAUCUGUAGGUGAAGACUAGUUUGUUCAUCUCCCAUGGAGAAAUCCUAAAUUGCUAGAUAAAUUAGGAAUGCAAUAUACCAUUUCAACUCUUCUUGCUGUAUGAACCUAACAUUUGUGUUAGUGGAUGGAGUUGUUUCUUUUCUUCUUGCCCAAACAGCUUCUAGUGGAUGGUAGGGGAACACGACACACUUGAAAUCCUUAAUGUUUUGGCCAUUGAGCAAUACGGUUAAAAUAUAUGUUAUACAUGAAGUCACUCUCCGAUCAAA